AUGGAGUCCACGAGGAGCAUUGACAUGGUCGAGUCCCUCAUCAUCGAGGACUUGGAGUACAUCGCACAACAGUUCGAGUCCACGUUCACCGAAUGCAUUGCCAACGUCAAGAAACCGAACGUCUUGGUGUCGGGUGUAACGGGGGCGGGCAAGUCGUCUCUGGUCAAUGCCAUCUUCGGUGAGGGCAUGGCCAAGGUAGGCGUGGGUAAGCCGCUGACGCAACACUUCUCGCGGUACGCGCCAGACGACAUGCCCGUGGUGGUCUACGACUCCAAGGGACUCGAGCAGGGCUUCCACGAGGAGUUCGUAGCAGAUGCCAAGGAGUUUUUGGAAAAGAUCAAAUCGCAGCCCGAGCUGGGCGAUCACAUUCACAUCAUUUGGUAUGUCAUCAAUGCUGGAUCGGCACGCAUCGAGCCGUUCGAGGCCUUCCUCAUCAAGGAGAUCUUCGCUCCCGCCGACAUCGCCUCGGCAGAGCAGCUGAACGAAUUGGAGGAGAGCAUCAAGCAGUACGAGUUCACCAACUGCCGCGGCAUCUUCCGGGUCGUUGCUGACAGGAAGAUCUAUCCACAGAACUGGUGCGUGUCGUGUGCGGGCGACGACGUGAUGUACAAAAAGUCGACAAACCAACUCUUCUGCGAGGACUGCGGCGCCGUCACCGUCAUGACACCCACGCUCGGGCUGGAGAAAGUGGUGGACGAGACCUCGCGGAUCCUGCCCGACUUGGCCAAGGAAGCGUUCCUCUCGGCCCAGGAGGUCUCAUUCGCGAUCAAGGACUCGCGAGCGAAGGCGAUUGUCAAGGAGUACGCCAACAAGAUCUCGAUGGACGUGGCCGGCAAGGCCCUCAGCUCGGUGGGCGAGAUGGUGGGCAAAGUGUUCGUGCUCUGGGGCUGGAAGUACUUGGGCGAGAAGGUGUCUGCCACCCUCGAGAAGGAAAUGAGCGCCGAGUUCAGGAGUCAGGAGCUGACGUCGCGGCUGGCCAUGGUGGCUGCUGACACAAUCUCCAAGCGCAAGCUGUCUCGCUCUGUCAUUGCCUGCCUUGGCCUCAUGGUCAAUCGUCCCCUGCGAAAGCUAUCCAAGCAGCUGCUUUCGGUGGUGGAGGCCCACGACUCGGUCAAGUUCGAGGAACUCGAGUUCUCGCCGACCAAGUCCGCGUCGUUCCCCGAUAAGUUCGUGCAGUACGCCCUGGCUCACGGCAUCGACGCCGCCAUCGACAACUUCUGGGGCUGA